AUGACCUGCGAAGUGCGUGAGCUAAAAGAACUGUUGCUCGAACAUUAUCAAAUCCGUGAGGUCUUACGAUGUCUGCUCCACACCAUCAUGUUCCAUCGGGCACUGGGUCUCGUGCGACCCAAGAGCAUCGAUUCAGAGCUCUUUGAUAUCACCUAUGUGCAGUGUGGAGAUGCAGAGGUGGAGAGACAAAUAGAGGAGAAAAUCGGACAGUUUAGUCUUUGGCUAGAAAAGAACCCCACCAAGAAGGGACAGAUCUGCCUUUCUUUCUUUGAGAAGCGCCGUCCAAUCACAAGCUCCAGCUCGUCAGCCACGUCACCUGGUGGCAACACAGCUGGCACAAGAAGUGGAAGCGGUAGCAAAACCAGCACCAGCAGCAGUGGCAGCAGCGGUAGUGGUGGCGGCAGUGGCAGCGGCGCUGGUGGUGGUAGCACAAGGAAGGACGCAGCAGCAUCAUGGUUGAGUGCGAGUGCCGCCCGAUUGAGCCUAGGAUCAGAUAAGAUCACAUGGGAACAGUGGAUCAUCCCUGUCUCACUCCUCACCUCCGCUUCAGCCGGUACUUCUGGCCUGCAACAUUCCUAUUCCUCCUCUUCUUUCUCCUCCUCUUCUCCUGCACAUUCCAGUGCAGCACAUACCACUGUUCCCACCACCACUGCUCCCUCCACCACUGUUGUCGUCGGAACAUUGCCAUCCCCAUCCCCAUCGCACUCAUUUUCCCCCACUGCUUCUAAUGCUGCUGCCACCAACUUUGCUAAUGCGUCUAGGCUUUCUACUGGCCUGUCAAUCACGUUGCAACAGCAGCAGCAGGGGCAGCAGGGGCAGCAGCAGCAGCAGCAGCAGCAGCAGCAGCAGCAGCAGCAGCGCAGUACGCAGUUAGAGGCAGAUGUGAGGGAGGCACUGCUUUCGAUUCUCACAAUGGCCAAUGAGAAGAGGGACCAUCUGCCUCCUGUCCUCACGUCAUCCCUCGUCUCUUUCCCCUUUGAAAUAUCCGUCCCAAGCCUCGCAGCCGGGGAGAUCGCUGAGCAGCUGCUGCUGGCGUCCCAAAGAGUGCCCAUCCGAAAUGUUGUUUUUAUGGGCAUGGGAGAGCCGUUCAACAACCAUGCGGCAGUGAAGGCAGCAGUAGAGCUGAUGGUAGCUCCACACGGCUUCCACAUGUCGCCCAACCACAUCACCGUCUCCACUGUUGGAGUGGUGCCGCAUAUACGUUCCUUCGCCUCCGCCUUCCCCUCGGUCAACCUCGCUCUCUCCCUCCACGCUCCAUCACAAUCCCUCCGCGUCUCCAUCGUCCCAUCAGCUCGAGCCUAUUCCCUGGAUAAACUUAUGGGGGCUGUAGACGCGUACCAGAAAGACAGUGGGCGGCGAGUCUUUAUCGAGUAUAUCUUGCUAGGAGGGGUGAAUGACAGCAUUAGUGUGGCACACGAGCUCGGGCUGCUGCUGCAAUCACGCAACGUG